CUAUUCACGUCACCCUCUUCCCUCCCUUCUUCCACUCUUUCCUUUCGCAUUGUUUCUAGAGUUGCUUCCGGGCUAGCUGUGCCCUCAUUGCGCGACUCGCCCACCAACUGCCCGAUGAACGGAUUCACAGAGAGUGGUCUCUCGGACGAGGCGUUUGGGCAGGCGAAGGGAGGAUUGGCAAGUUUUGAUGCAUUCCCCAAAACCAAACAAACCUACCUAACUCGCGGCCGCAACUCGUCGCUUUGGACCGCUACGCUGAUAUUAACAUGCGUGUACCUGGCGUUUUCCGAAAUCUCACGAUGGUUCACCGGCACCACGACGCAGAACUUCUCGGUUGAAAAGGGUGUCUCACACGACCUACAAAUCAACCUCGACAUCGUCGUCGCCAUGAACUGCGCCGACCUCCACGUCAACAUGCAAGAUGCGGCGGGCGACAGAACGCUUGCCGGGGACAUGUUACGCAAGGAUCCGACGUCAUGGUCGCAGUGGGGCAAAGGCAAAGACGUGCACAAACUAGGAGAGGGCGACGAUGGACUGCCUGGCUGGGAGGAGCUCUGGGAUGUACAUGAUCAAUUGGGCGCGGCAAGGAAGCGGAAGAAGUUUCCCAAAACGCCGAAAUUGCGCGGCAAUCCGCCAGAUGCAUGUAGGAUAUUUGGGAGUCUGGAGGGGAAUAAAGUGCAGGGUGAUUUCCAUAUUACGGCUAGGGGACACGGGUAUGCAGAGUUUGGGGAGCAUUUGGAUCAUUCUUCCUUCAACUUCUCCCACCAAAUCAACGAACUCUCCUUCGGCCCUUUCUACCCAUCCCUGGAAAACCCGCUCGACAAUACCAUCACAACCACCCCAACUCACUUCUUCAAAUACCAAUACUACCUUUCCAUUGUGCCCACCAUCUACACCGACGACGCCUCGCUCCUCCCACUCCUUGAAACCGUAAACAAAAACCCCUCGCACCCCGCAAAAUCAAUCUUCUACUCCCCGCACGCUAUCAAAACAAAUCAGUACGCAGUCACUUCGCAAAGCCACGCUGUCGGGGAGAAUUACGUCCCGGGAAUAUUUGUGAAAUUUGAUAUUGAGCCGAUCACACUUACGAUUGCAGAGGAGUGGGGCGGGUUUCUUGGGCUGAUUGUGAGGUUGGUGAAUGUGGUUAGUGGGGUUAUGGUGGCUGGUGGUUGGGCGUGGCAGCUUUUUGACUGGGGAUUGGAGGUCUGGGGACGGAGGGGGAAGAGGAGAGGAGAGAGUAUGGGGAUGUUGGGUGGUGGGUUUAAGGCGUCCGAGAAGAUGAGUUAUGAUUAAGAUGAUGUGAAGUAGAGUGGGGGAAUAUAGAGGGGGUUCGGCAUUUCAUGGGAGGCGUUUAGCGGUUUGAUAUUGCGAGCAACUGUGAUAUAUGGAAUGA